CAUUAAAAAAAUAUUUCAGUUUUUUUCAAAGUGCAAAGAUGAACCAUUUUUGUUUAAAGGAAAAUGUGCUUCAGUCGACGAGAGCGGUCGUUUUUUAAAGCUUUUGCUUAAAGUUUUACUCUAGUUUGAGGGUUUUUUCGGAUUUUCGUAAGGAGAAAGUGCUGGACUAUUUUUAUUGCUAUCUGCACCUGUGACUGGAGACUGGGAUUCAUAGCCGAUAAUUAAAGAUGUCCCCCUGCAUGCGCGUGGUGGCGCGCGUGGCGGCGCUCCUCGCGCUGGCGUCCACCGCCGGAGCCUCGCGCUGGUCCCGCCAACUCAGCUCCUACACCGCCGACACCGGCGACUGGGUGCCGCUGCCCGGCCCGGCGGCCCGCGACCCGCCCAUCAAGAGACAGGCGGUAGCAGAACCCAGGAUCCUGGCCGAAGCGUUUAAUUUCCCGCCACAGACGUUCAGACAGGAACCCUUCCCUCAGAGGAUUAAUUUCCAGGCUCCGUCGAACAGACAGCUGUAUUUACAGUCUGUGCCGUCGGUUCCGUCAGCGCCACAGAAUUUCCUGACCGACCAGGGGUUCGGACAAGGGUUUAGGUUCGGAUUGUCGCCUAAAAACAUUGGGUUGAACCAGGGAUUCGUCGGGCCUCAAGUGAACUUCGAUUCGUAUCAGAUUAACAAUCAGUUCAGACAGCAGUCGCCACCGGCCCUGCCCAAUCCGGUCAACUUCCCAAAGCCCACGCUGAAUGUGUCGCCUCAAGCUAAACCCUUCAAUUCCAACCAGGGAGUUAAAUCUAAGCCCGUGAAUGGACAGAAGUUCGUCGAUGGAUAUCAGGUAGAGAAUGGAGGCAACACUGUGUCGUUCCCUGGAGCUCCUAAGAAGAAGACACCAGCGCAAUCCUUGCAAAAGUUAAAAUACGAAACUGACAAACCUAAACCCGUGGAACCUAUUCCUGUGAACAAGCCAAAAUCUGAACGCGAGGAAGUCCAACUGCUCUAUGUACCUGUUGAGUCCCUGAACCGUGGACAGUACAACUUUAAGAACCAGCCCGUAUACAACACAGAUCCGUUCACGCAAAACUUCAAGCCAGUCCCGCAGCAGCAAGCGUUUGCGUCAGACUUCCAGCGACCAAUCACGAAGCCGCUCGAGUCUUUCAAUCUCGGACAAGAAUACUUCACGGGACAGAAUGCCUUCGUCGGACAGAACUAUGACUCACAAAAGUACCUUGACCAGGAACCGAAGUUCUCGACUAUUUCUUCGCCUUACCCAAGCCCUCCGCCCGCGCCUACCACCGCCAGGCCCAAGAAACUGAAGCCUCAUCAGCCUCCGCUAGCUGUCUUCUUCGCUUACGAAGGGAGAAAGGGAGAAAAGGCGAAAGUGGGCGAUGUACUGAUUACUCUUAAGAACGCUAAAUCUGUUGCUGUGUUGGAUUCCGUGAGCCCAAACAAUGCACCUAAAGUUUUCAUCGGACCGUCUUCGUUGGCACCUCCAGAGCACUACGUCAAGUUCGAGCUCCCAUACAUGUCCAACCUUGAGAACAGCGACAAAAAGUUGAAGCAACUGCCGUUCUUCGUUGCGCCUCUGAGCUACAACACGCCUGAUGGUUUCGCCAAGAUUCCCUUCCCAUCGCCCCACGUUGGAUCCGUCAUCGUCAACGCUCAAGUGAAAGAGAAUGCCAACCAGUACACCUCCUUGCCUGCAGCUGAUGUCAUCCCGAACUCAUACACACCCUCGACGCCCUCGUACAAACAAGAGAAGCCUUCCAAGCCUACUUUCAGCUACUACAGCACCGCCGCGCCGAAAACCAACUCGCCGCCACCAAACAAGGAGUUCCAGAACAACUACUACUCAUUUGAACCUCAAACCGUCAGCACCAUCAGGCCUCAAACGCCAAAGAUUGGAGCUGCGGCACCGAAACCAGGUUCUUACUUCCUGAAUGAGAACGUUGACGGACAGUUCGUAGAAUACGAGAAGCCAGACCAGAAGUACAACGACAACAUUCGAGGCUACAAACAAACUGAGACUGAGCAGCGUUACACGAGCAGGCCUCAAUACAGUGAAGGGAAAUUCGAGCCGAGUACCAAGGAACCUACGAGAAACUACAACAACGCUCAGCAGACAAAGAGCUCUACUCCAAGGACUACGACCAGGGUUGCCAGCACCAAGCAGGCGCAGCCCCCCGCGUCCACCUACCCGAGCCACCUCCUCGAGACCCACAACCCCUACUCCAUCAACCAAGCCUUCCACUUGAACACUCCCAUAGAAUACCAGAACUACUAUGAUGAGUACAAGGAAGGCUACUCGGCGACGCCUGGCACCGCGCCGCCUGCUGCACCCAGUUCCACCGACAAACCUGAACCUAUCAGCACAGAGAAGCCGAAAUACCAACAAACGUCUCCCAACUACGUCCAAAACUACAGCCCUGAAAUUCACUACGAAUCGGAGAACUCUAAAUACCCGUCGUACAGUAGCAGUGAGUACUCUAAACCUGAAGGAAACUCGGAAGUCAGUAGCCCUGUGAACACGGAAUACAGCACAAACGUCGACACGCAACAGUCGGUUCAAUACGAGAACCCGACUCAGGAAUCAGCCAGGCCCACAGCCAACUCAGAGGAAGAAUACUACCAGUCAACCCGGGCUCCCAAUGCCUACAACCAAUACGUCAGCAGUCCAGAAUACAAGGAGCCUGUUCAGGAAACCACGACGUCAACAACUACACCUGCGCCGACGACUAAACGCAAUCCUCUGAGAGCUCGCAACCGCCCGCGCUACACCACCACCAAGCCCGACUCUGCCGAGACCACUAAAGCUACUGUCACUAGAAGGCCUUUGAGGGAACGACGCCCUCUGCCCUCCAGGCCUAAGUACGAACCCAAUAAGAUCACCACUGAAAGGGCUACUAGAAAGUCAGUAGAAAGUUCCGAAGCCACUACCAGAGCCACAACCAAUCGCGGCAGGACCCGAGGCAGGGUUCAGUUCAAACCUACAGACAACGAAGAAGGUUUCGAUGGAAAGAAAACCAAAUCAAGCGAAGGAGACUUGGCUUACCAGAGAGACGUAUUGCACCAAAACUACCCGGUGACCAUUCAGGAAAGAAUGAGCACAGUUGACAUUGAAGCUCAAACUGAACCUCUUCCUAGGAUCUCGUCGACAAAGAAUGUUGACCUCAACACUGAAACUUAUAUCGAGCCUGAACAGGCCUUCUCUAAUGAGCAAGCUUACCCUCACGAGCAAUCGCUGCAAGAACAACCCAGGAAAGUAGCUGAAACCACUUACACAAGGAACAAUGAAUACCAGACUGAGUCUUACGUCCCGAGACUACAAUCCACCAGGAACGAUGAAUACUCGUACAGCUCUCGAGGCAGUUCAGCCGCUUCACAAUCUUACUCUGACUCCAGCAGCAAAGAUGACUCCAGCGAAUACUACAAACCAACCACUCCCGUCAGAGUAUCUGAGACCGUCACUGAACCGACCAGUCCAUUGACAGAGGAACCUGCCAAAUACUCCUAUGACAACAACUAUUCAAUUAGGAUUGAGGAGGACUUGACAACAGCAAGACCAGAUUUCGAAAUCACUAAGCUUAGUAGCAGUGCGCAGACUGAAAACAACAGCGAGAACACUGAAGAGGAUGUCCCUCAAACAACACCGAGCUACCGAGUGCGAGUGAGGCCGGGAGGAGUCAGGCAGUACCAGGCGAGCUCCACCGAAGCCACUAGCACCACCACCCUAAAGACUACACCGAAAAUUGACAGGAGACGCCCAAGCGUGCAGGCGGUCACUUACAGGCCGGCGUAUGACAGGCGUCGCACCACCAUGCGGAUUGAAGAGAUUGAGACAGAGCUGAAAACGAAGCCGAUCCACGCGCGGCCGGACCAGGACUACAGACACCCGGUGUACAAGCACGAGCCGACUACCGCCCCGCCCGCCACCACUGCAGCUACGGAACCCACCAAGCGCGGCCAGUUCCGCCGCAGACGACCCUCUUACUCCACUACUUCCACGGAAGCAGCGGUCACUAAGAAGGCCACGUAUGAAGUCAAAAACCGCUUCAAAGGACGUCGACCAACCACUGAGAAGGCGCAAACUGAAAAGACUGAAGCACAAACUGAUGCUCCAUCUUCUACGGCAAGAAAUGUUCCGUACAGCCGCUACGCCAGACCGAGACUAUCAGAGAGGUAUAAUAAGAAGGCUGAGAAUAAUGAGGAAAACGAAGACCAAGAACCUAACUACUCCGUCAACAGGCCCCGGUACGUGGCUCCUGAAGACGAGCUGGUCGACGGUCAGUGGUCGGCGAAAUACUCUGAGGGCGCUUUCCGACCUUACAACCCCAACGACAUCCAAGAUGACAAGAAAAUUGCCACCACUGAACGCCGGUCCGACAAGUUCCAAGAACUAGACAUUAUCACCGCCAGAAAUGAAUUCGAUGACAUUCUUCUAUCUGUGACUCCUGCUAGCAACAGAGCGGAAAAGAAAGUCCCAGAAAUCCCACCAACUCUGGAAGCUUUAGUGGAACAGACUAAAAAUUCCAACACUGAAUCAGGCGAUCAAAUGUCUACCUUUGAGACUAUGCUGGAGGAGGUGAUGAAAAGCUUGGAAGAACAAGAUGAGAAUGAAUACGCGACUAAAGUGAUGAAGCACAAGGGAGGAGAAAUUGGUGAGAUUCCUCCAGAAGAGACUGCUUCGGUGGAGCCUAAGACAACGACUGCGGCCGAGACCGAGGCCACCACUGCCGAGCCUGAGAGCAACGACACAGCUUCAGUUCAUGAGGAAGAGCAUGAAAAGCGCGGCCCCCGCCGAGGCUUCUGGAAGAAGGUGAAGGUCCGCCCCGUGGCCCCCACCGAGGGCAUCGAGACGGCCGAGUCGCAGUACUAUUCCAACACAUUCAACCACCUCGGAGACAGCGACAAGCCAGCUCGACCCACCACCCGCGCCACCACGUACAAACCUGCUUUCAACUUCGACAAACUCUUUGACGAAGAAACUCUCAGCACUGCCUUCGAAGACAUCGCCAAAAUCACCACCGUCAGACCUGAAGAACAAAACACGACUGCCACUGAAGCUUUAACAUCAGAAGAAAGUGCUACGGAGAAAGUUGUGGUAAACCCUGGAGAAGUAGAUUUGGGUACGGGAUCUCCGGAUUCGACUAUUCUGGAUACGUUCUUUACUACGACUACGACUGAAGCGUCGAGUGAAGCGACAGAGAAAGACGUGGACAGGUCUGAUGGUAUGAGUCUCAUGGAUUACCUCUUUGGAGUGACGUCAUCAGAUAACGACUCUUCAACUGAUGACAGAAAUGAGCAUGUUGACAGCCACACUGAACUAGCCGAACUUUUCGAAAGUGAAACUACUAGGAGCACUGAAGACGUUAAAUCAAAGUCAACCACAGAAAGUGCGUUUGUCCCGGACGAAAUAACAGCAGUGUCCAACACCGAUGAUACGACCGAAGGGGCAGUUGAAUUUGUAGAUCUAAAGAAGGUUGACUUCAGUGAUAUUUUGACCGGAGAUGAGAAAGCUGAAGCGAGUACUGAAAAGGUGGUUGAAGAGAAAGUAGAAACUGCCUCAGAGUCCAGCUUUAUGGAUCCCAACAAUGUGAUGAGCACGUCAAUGUCUACUGAAAUAUCCCACGAAACGGAGAUCUGCUUUAGAGGAAAAUGUAUCAAAAGUAACAAAGAUGCCUUAUAAGAAUGAAAUGAAAGUGACCAAAUAAACUGUGCGAAGUAACACUUAGUGAGCCAAAACUGUUGUGAGUGAAGUGUUCUGUGCAUCUAUUUAUUAAUGAAGAGUAGCAUAAGGGGUGAAAUCCUGUAAAUAGUUCUAAUGCAAAAAAUACUCUUUACUCGUUUUCACCGACAGUUAAAAGGUAGUUUUUAACUAAUUUAGUUUUAACUUUUAAGGUUUGUGGCCACAUACAGUAAAGGUUAAAAAGAUGUAUUAUAUCGAUAAGAUUUACUAUAGUUGUAGUUUUUUAUACGUUUUGUAAAAUAUUCUAAUUUGUUUCGACUGAAUGAUGUGUGUAAUCGAUUAAUUUUAAGCUAUUCCUUUUCAUAUACUUUUAACUACUACUUUUAUAUAAUAUUUAUUGGUUUACACGGGCAUUUUAUAAUCUUCCAUUAAAACCCCACCUUUAAUCGUACAUUUUGCUGAAA